AUGCAGCGACGACGUCGGAGGCAGCUUCCGGUCUCGUGUCAGCUCUGCCGGUCCAUGAAGUUGAAAUGUAGUCGCGACCAACCCUGCUCCAACUGCGCCAGCCGCGGGGUUACCUGUGAGCGCGCAUAUCGGGUGGAGCCGACCACUUUGUCCAUCGCGUCUCCCAGCACUACCGACCCCGUGCAAGCGCAGACAACGUACUUGCAGCAGCCGGGGUGGUCCGCUAGUCCCAGUGCCGGAACUGGCACCGGCAGCAAUACCGAGAUCCUGUCGCGUCUACAGCGGCUGGAAGACAUCAUUCUUCGGACCCACAGUGCCGCUGCUCCGCGUCCCUCUACGGAGCCCUCAUACAUUUCCGAGGGCGAGGGGGACUCGAAAUGGCUGGAAGGGGUCGGGACCCGUGACACUUCCGUAUUGUCAUCCAUGUCCAAUGGCGUAUCUGUCCGCGUACUCGCGGUGCAGCAGGCAUUACAGACUGACAUUUCCCUGGGAGAGGCGUCCGGUAAUUCCUCGUCCGUGGGCAGCUGUGUCGCGAGGGUGUGGUUGCCACUGAAGAAUGAUGCGGCCUGGCUGCUAAAGCGCUACGGCGAAGAUGUCACCUACCUACACCACAUCCUUCAUCUCCCGUCGGUGCGCCAGCAGAUGGAGGAUUUGUACAAGCAACUAUCCCUGGGGUUACAGAUAGAGCCCUGCCAUGUCGCAUUAGUUCUCAGUAUUUUUGCCAGCACGGCCUACACGCUCACCCCUCUUACCGGCGGGGACGCGGUCUUCACCAACGAGCAGACAGCUGUCAAGUGUGCCUUCCUGUGGAGUAAGAUGGCCUUGGAUGUGCUGGAGCACUCCAGCCGCAGCACCUCCGGCUCCAUCGAAGAUAUCCAGGCGACAAUCAUCCUGUCCUUUGUCAUCUUCAACUUCGAGGGCUUCACCAUGCGCUUCCGCGCACUCAGCGCCAGCGCCCUAACCAUGGCCCGCGAUUUGUCGCUCCACCGCUUGGACGCGCAGCCGGACCGACUGCCUGGCCCCCAGGCACCACUUGACAGCGAUAUAGGGCGGGAGAUCAAACGCAGGGUGUGGUGGCAUAUGGUCUCGACUGACUGGCUCCUGGCGCUGUCAGGCGGGCCCCAAGAAGGGACAUACUUGAUGCACCCGGCCCACAUGCGCGUCAACUACCCCCGGAAUCUCGAUGAUCGGGACCUCGAUUGUUGUGACCCGCAGUACAGUCGACCCCUAUCGCAACCAACGGCGAUGACUUACACGCUCCUACGCAUCCAGUUGGCCGACAUUUGCCGAAGCGCCAUCGAUGCGCUACCCCCGCCCUUUUCGGACUGGGGCGAGGUGAACUACGAUCGGUUUAUCUCGCUAGACCAGCGCUUCGAAGCCUUCAUCCGCAGUCUCCCAGUCUUCUUCCGCCUCGACGAGGCAAGCCGCCGUCAGAGCCGAGACGUCGAGCGCCGGUACCCCCAGAUUAUCGUGCAGCGGUACAUCCUCUGGUCGACCCUGCAGGGGCGCCGGUCGAAGUUGAAUCAACCCUUCCUGACGCGCGUGUCCAUGAACCCACGUUAUCAAUAUUCACGGAAGGUGUGCCUGCAGUCGGCGCGCUGUGUGAUUGAGCUUAAGGCCCUCAUGGAUCAUGACAUGGCCUCGCUCGCCCGGCUGGCCACCUUCCUCCACAGCUACUUCCUUGCCACAGCGGUGCUGGUCAUGGAUCUGUGCCUCAAUAAGGAGGGGGGCAGCGGCGAAGACCGCCGCCAGGAGAUCGUCGACGCGUGCCGCGUCCUGCAGGAGGCCGAGGCGACGUCGCCCAUGGCGAGCAGGUUUUUGAAGUCCCUCAUGGACAUCUUGCAGAAGUAUCAGAUCCAAGUCCUGCCGGCAACCACGGUCCCGGAUGUGCGACCACUGUCGGCUAACACCGGUGUCAGUGGCAUGCGGGAUCCGAAUCUGCCGGACAGGGACCUGAUGAGCCCCAGCCAGACCUUGCCAAGUGCAUACGAUCCGUUGGAAAAUGCGAACAUUGAUGAUGUAUGGCAGAACUUCAUCAAUCUGGAUCAGAACUGCAGCCCGGGCAGCUGGGAUCAUUUAUUUUCGGCCUUAGACAGCAGAAUUGUGUGA